GCCAUAUUGCUUAAAUAUACCCCUAAGCUUUUACAGUGCACCAUUGAUUAUUCAUUCCAUUGUAUAGCUGAUAGGCAGACUGUUACUGGGUCUGUGGCUCAGCUCUCUGUUUUAUCUGAAUGCUGCCCUCUCUGGGUCUAUGGCUCAGCUCUCUCCCUCCCCCUCUCUCUCUCUCCCUCUUCCUCUCUCUUUAUCUUCUGCUGAUGAGGCUCUGGCUGAUGCCUGGCCUACAUAAAGUGAGCAGGCAGCAGCCUGGGUAUAGUCUGCCCUGAGGAAAAUCUGAACACUACUGAUACUCUGCUUCACUACAUGAUCAUACUGACUUGAACCUUUCAGAAAAGAGACUCCAGAAACACUCAUAGAGUGAAAUAUGCUCCUCAGACUAGAGAGGAAGCCCAUCCUCAUGGUAGAUAUUUAGAACACAUCUGACUAGCAAAAGGAAGGAGUUAAUUGAAAACAUAAACAAUAAUUAGGAGUUGGCUACCUUGGUGAUACUUCGACAGUGAUCAUGUUACAUUGUUCUUUCCUAUGUGAGAAUUCUAGAUUUGAAAGAGAUAUCCUAUGAUUGAUGAAAUUUACUGAGUAAUUAAAGGUUAGUAUGAGUAAAAACCCGUGGUACGUGCGCUCUAUCCUGUGUCUGCAUGUUUGUGCGACUACAGUAUUAACAUUGCAUGUAUAAGCUAUAUAACGCAAUACGGGAUUUAUGAUGGCUAUGUGUGCUUACAUUGCUGUUUGCGGUGUGGAUUCUACUGAAUGGGGGAAUAUUCUCUAUAUAGAACUGUGUGCUUGUUCUAUGGCGGGAUCAUUUACUUAUCUGGCCUCUGAGCGCCGCUCCUGUGUCCUGGUUUAACCACCAAUCUGACUGUGUAUCAGCAGAGAGGAACAGACGAAGCGAGAGGUUUCACUCUCGACAAAGUCUUUCCAAAAUAAAUCCAAUGCGUUUCUAUGGGCUUAUUUUGGACCUACGCCUAUCGUCUAGCUUCCCGUCUUUGGGACAACGACUCCCAUUGUUAGGGCGGAGACAUCUCGUCGUUAUUUACAGAUCUCUGGAAUCAGGAGCUGUCUAUGGUUCUGAAUUCCGAUUCCCGCGUAACUCAGUGGCUUCUUUAUUUACAACAUUUUCUGGGGGGGUUCUUCAUUUUCAUUAGUCAUAUUUUAUUUCCCCUUUCUCUUCCACAGAUUUUUUUUUACAGUUCAUAACCACUAGACAUUUAUUUAGGACCUUAAAGGGGGAACGUCUCAAAUAUCAAGUGAAUUGUGUUAGGGUACAAUCAUUGCAUAACACAUUUUACUGUAGCCUAUAUUUACCUGAGAGUUAUAGAAAUCUGUUUCAGCCCUGGACACUUAUCUUUCACUAGGCUAUGUGCCAAUUAGUUUAUUAUACCUCAUAAUUUCCCCCUUAAUGCGAAUUUACAAUGAUUUGUUGUGCAGAAAUGUUUUUCUGUCUUCCCUCCCUCCCUACCCUCCCUUUCUAGUCUAUGCCAGUUUUUGAGUUUACGGUUUUCUUGCAUGUAGCUCUUAUGUCGGACCAGUUCUUAUCCACACGGUGUCAGUGUCUACCAGCAAGACCAAUUUACUCUUGAACUCCACCUAGGUCCUUGUACAAUAGCAAAAAUCCCACUCAUCGUUGACUGUCAGUGAAAUCUUAAUGAGGUGGCGCACGGACAUAUGAGGAUUAUGUUUCUCUUUCUUAAAAGAAAAAAAUGAACAUCUUCCAUUGCGUUACUUGGGUUCUCUUUGUUCUCCGUCACACUCUAUGGAUUACAUUCUAAAAAGGAUUAUAUAACAAUGGCUGUACUCGAGAACCGUGAGUGGGGUUGGAUUGUGAAUAUAUUUUGGCUGUUGCUUUGUUUUCGGGAUUCUGUUUCUAGACAAAUGACCUAUUCAAUUUCCGAGGAGGUAAAACCGGGGACAUUUGUUGGGAAUUUGGCUAAGGAUUUAAAUCUAAAAGUGAUUGAACUGGAGGCACGCAGGAUUCAGAUUGAAUCUGGAUCAUAUAAGAAAUAUUUUGAGGUAAAUUUGAAAACUGGCGUUCUCUUCGUUAGCGAAGCCAUAGACCGAGAGAAGCUUUGUCCCAACAGCCUUCUUUGUACUGAAAGCUUGGAGGUUAUUGUUAAUAAUCCUUUACGAAUGUACAAUGUUGAAGUAAAUAUACUAGACAUAAACGACAACGCACCACAAUUUCCUGUGAAAUCACAGAUUAUUCGUAUUUCUGAGCAUACUUCACCUGGAGCAAGAUUUCCUCUGUCUACAGCUGACGAUAUGGAUGUAGGGAGCAACUCUAUCGACGCAUAUAAACUCUCCACAAAUGCCUUUUUCAAUCUAGACGUACAUACUGAGGCUGAUAGUGGUCCAUCAGCAGAGUUAAUUCUAAAUAAAGCUUUAGACCGAGAGAAACAGCCUGUGAUCAAGCUAACGCUGACUGCUAUUGAUGGAGGAAAGCCUCCCAGAUCAGGGAGCACAGAAAUCAUUGUCAACAUACUCGAUGCAAACGAUAAUGCGCCAGUGUUUUCCAAAGCCCUGUAUAAGGCAAAAGUCUUAGAGACUGCGCCAAUUGGCACUGCUUUUCUAAGGCUUAAUGCAACAGACCUAGACGAAGGCUUGAACGGUGAAAUAAUGUAUUUGUUCAGCAAACAAGGACAAAGGGGGAGUUAUGGUAUAUUUGCAAUCAAUCAGAGCAAUGGGGAAAUGACAGUAGCGGGACCUUUAGAUUAUGAAGUGACCAGUGCGUAUGAGAUUCGUGUAGAAGCCCAGGACCGAGGCCACUCACCUCUGGCUUCACAUUGCAAAGUGUUGGUAGAGGUAGUGGACGUAAACGAUAAUGCCCCGGACAUCAAACUCUCCUCGCUUUUGGAGAGUGUGAGAGAGGACGCAAAGAAGGGUACGGCAAUUGCGCUAAUCACGAUUAUUGAUAAGGAUGGUGGUAAAAACGGCAAUGUGCAUUGUACCAUAUCUGGUGUCUCGCCGUUUCUAUUGGAGUCAUCUCAGGGUAAAUACUACUCCAUGGUCCUUGGAGAAACGCUGGACAGGGAAAUCAACUCUCAGUAUAAUGUCACCAUCAUAGCCAGAGAUGAAGGGACCCCUCCUCUGUCCAGUACUAGCAUUAUUACUGUCCACGUUUCUGAUGUCAAUGACAAUACGCCACGCUUUCCAGAACCCACUGUUAACGUGUUCUUAAAAGAAAAUAGUCCGGCAAGAUCUGUGAUAUCUUCUGUGACUGCGCUGGAUCCAGAUUCAAAAGCAAACGCUCAGAUAACAUAUAUUUUACUAGAGCCCAGAAAUAGGCCUACAGCUUCGCAGACACCUGUCAAUGUAAAUUAUGCCACAGGUGAAAUAUACAGCAUGCAGUCAGUGAACUAUGAAGAAGUGAAAAAGUUCCAGUUCCAAGUUCAGGCUACAGACUCUGGUGUUCCUCCACUAAGCAGCAACGUCACUGUCAACGUUUUUAUCCUGGAUGAGAAUGACAACAGUCCUGUGAUUCUCCCGCCCUAUUCUGACCACGGCUCCGUUCAUUCUGAGAACAUUCCUUAUUCUGCUGAAGCGGGAUACUUUGUGGCCAAGAUCAGGGCUGUAGACGCCGACUCUGGUUAUAAUGCGCUGCUUUCUUAUCACAUCUCUGAACCAAAGGGGACCAAUCUAUUCAGAAUUGGAACCAACAACGGAGAAAUACGGACUAAGAGACGCAUGAGUGACAAUGACUUAAAAACUCACCCGUUGGUCAUUCUGGUGUCUGAUAAUGGAGAACCUUCCCUGUCUGCGACUGUGUCUAUUGAUGUUGUGGUCGUUGAAAGUACAGAUGACAUGCAGACAACUUUCAGACAACUGCCUGUAAAGGAGGAGAGUUUCUCAGAUUUAAAUCUGUAUCUGCUCGUCGCCAUUGUGUCAGUAUCAGUGAUAUUUCUACUGAGCCUCAUCAGUUUAAUAGUUGUAAAAUGCCACAGGACAGACGGCAGUUUCAGCAGGUGCAGCGCCCCCAUGAUCACCACCCACCCUGACGGGAGCUGGUCUUACUCCAAAUCUACUCAGCAGUAUGACGUGUGUUUCAGCUCUGACACAAUGAAGAGUGACGUGGUAGUUUUCCCCACGCCAUUUCCACCUGCUGAUGAUGAGUUGAUCAGUAUUAAUGGAGGAGACACUUUUCAAAGGACACAGACGCUUCCCAACACAGAUAAGGUAUGCCGAUAUCUUUAUUAUGUCUAAUUCUAUAUUAGCCUA